AUGAAGCUCAAAAAGCAUAAAGUUGAUAAUGAGUCUCCUCCUUUGGAACCGGUUGUACCACCACAAGCAGAAAUAAUUGAAGCCGAUUUAUACAAGCGUUCGUAUUUUGGUCCUGAUGUUCCAACAUUGGAGCUUGAAUGCUGGGAAGAAGAAUUAUCGGAAGUACAACUUCAAGCAUACAAGAAUGCUGAUGAUGAAUAUAAAAGUAUCCAGAAUAAACUGGACGAUAUGGUCAAGAGCACUGGUGGUGAAAUAGUAUACAAUGGUGAUCAGUUCACUGCAUAUCAACUACUUGGAAAACAACCUGUGCUUAAAGAUUUGGAAAGACAGAGUGCUGAGAUUAUUAGAUCAAGAUCCCGCUCUCUCUCUAUUAGUAAGGAAACAACACAGAAAACUGGAAAAAGAGGGCGUCCCCGAAAGGCUCGAGAAGAAGAUUACGAUUAUUCACCAGUGUCGGAUAGGGCCAAGUCACCUGAACUGAAACAUAAAAAGAAAAAGAAGGAUAAAGAUAAGUACAAAGAAAAAGAAAAAGAGAAGGAAAAGGAGAAAGAAAAAGAUAAGGAGAGUACUAAAACUAAGGAUAAAACACUUGCUCCCUCCAAUGUACACAGUGUUGUUACAAAUGUUCGUCCAUCUGAAGCCACUGCAAUUGGUGGUUUGCUGACUGGGAGUGCUACCAAAACAACAGCUAUUGUCGAUCUUACUAAGGAUGACAGCAACAAGAAUGUUGCUGACUCACGAGAAGUAUCAUUUAAUAAAUUACAAGGUAAAACAUUCCCAUCACUUGUGGUGGUGGCGCGGCCGUAUCUCCGCGCGAAGGAAGCGCCGCCGCCAUCCGACCGCGCGGCUCUGGACAGCAAAGUGAAGUCGGUGCUCAUCCACACGCCUAUGAAGUUCACGGAGUGGCUCAUACAGCAAGGUCUUGUGCGAUGUGAGCAGUGGUGUGCCAUUCAUCCUGCUAACAAGCUCAAGCUAGGAAUGUACUCGGACGUCUCAAAAUUCCCAUAUUCUGGUGGCUAUGUAUGGAUAUCCGAAUGCUGCCCGACUAGAUUUGUCUCCGUAUUCUCUAGCUCUAUUUUUGAGGGUGCGACUUUCCCGCCCAGUGUGAUACUGAAGCUCAUAUAUCACUGGGCCUGUCAAACUAACGUACAAAAUGUUGUUCAAUGGGUUAAGGUGGACAAUUUGUAUGUAAAGGGACUAUUUACAUGGUUGCGGGCCAUUUGCACAUCUGCUAUUCAUCAACAUAUGGGAUUAUUAGGGGGAUCGGGUAAGAAAGUAGAAGUUGGUGUUAUAUCUCUUGGGACAACAAGUCAUGAUGGUACUCAAAGGCAAGUGAAGGUUGAAGUGUUGGGUGUAUUGGAUCCUGUGGAGAAAUUGAUACGUCUGCGCGCCGUCGAACCAUUAGCAGAAUACGAGAAGAACUAUAAGAAACGUUUCCAGAAAAUUCUUGAACCACUUAGCGCAUGGGUUCACCCAUCAUCAAUCAUUCUAACAGAUUUGACAGUGGACAAAGGCACCCUGGUCUCCAUGGGCUUUAAACAUGUGGUACAGUCUUCUUCGCAUUCUGACCAGUCAGGCAGGAACAGCAAUGCAAAUAUAAUGGAGUACUUGCGGCGCAUUGUACCGAGAAUGUUCCAGAAUACGCUGUCAUUGUUAUCUAGGCAGAUUAUACAGCAGUUUUUGGAUGAGCUUGUGUGGAGAGAAAGAUUUGGCGUUUCUCCUGGAUUGGCAUUUGAUAACAUAGUACUGCACAUAUCAGAACAGACAAAGUUAGAGGCGAAGGAUCCCAUAACAGUGCGUCUUAAUAAGAUCGCCUCCAAUCCCUUCAAACACUGGAAAUAUCCAAGCAAGAAAAAAGAUAAAACGGAACCUGAACCGGAACCGGAACCGGAUAUGGGUCGUGGUAGGCGCGGAAGAAAGAAGAAGGAGCCAACACCCCCACCGCCACCUCCGCCGCCGUCAAAGAAAAAGAAGAAGGAGAAGACUACGUAUGUCGAAGAUGACGAUGAUGAAGAGGUGCCGCUAGCUCAGCGACGCACAAAGAUCAAACAAGAGAAGAAUAAAGAGAAGGAAAAGGAGCCUGUAGUGGAACCUCCUCCCAGAGCGCGGCGCAAAGUUGCGCGUUCGUAUGUCGACGAUGACUUGGACGAUAUUCCACUGAAAAACAUCAAGAAAGAGAUCAAACAAGAGGAGACCGUGUCUCUUGAACGUUACUACUUUGGACAAAUUGGAGGCAAAGAGACGCCAGAGCGAAUCGCUAUAGCAGUUGAGUGUCCGGAAUGCCAUAUGGAGUUCAACGACGCGUUGUCUCUAAUGACGCACAUUUUUGCGCACAUAGCGCCACCAGAGAACGGUGCGGGCGUUCUGUGCAACUACUGCCUCGCACGCUUCCCAGACGACGUCGAGCUGCAAGUGCACCUCAAGCACAAUCAUCCCAUCGACACUAAAUCACCGGAGCUCUUUACUUAUGCUUGUCUCAUUUGCGAGGUGCGAUUCGCGGCGGUGUUGACGCUGGCGACGCACAUGCAGAAGGCGCACGCGCCGCGCGAGCUGGCGUACGCGUGCGCCGCCUGCGACUACCGCGCCUCCGCGCACCGCGCCGCCGUAGACCACUUCGCCGCGCAACACGCCGGCGCCGCGCAGCUGCUGUGUCCACACUGCCUCAAGGUUAUCACUGUGUACGCGGAUGGUUACGAGCUGACUGCUAAUGUGCUGCUGUACAUCGACCAUCUAAAGCAGCAUCAGGAUAAAGAACUGGAGGUGGGCUGCAGCAGAUGUGUGCUCAAAUUCGUACAUCUUGGCCAACUAAAGGAGCAUCAAGUAAGAGACCACAUCACGAUAGAAAAUGCAAUUCCGUUGUGUACUGAAGAGCAUUUGAUUAAUAAGCCCAAGAACAAGGCUCGUCCGCCAGUGAAGGACUCCACCAGCCAUGCCAUCAGCGACACGUACGAGAAUUUGACGCUGGUGCUGCCCGAUGGUAUGCUCUGCAGGGAAUGCGACACUCCACUAGAAAGCGACAAGCACUUCCUGGGUGUGACGCGGUGCAGUAAGUGCCCGUACGCGACGUCGUGCUACCGGGCCAUGCUGCGGCACAGCGGCUACUGCGCCGGCGUGCACGCACUCGAGACUGCGCCACGCGCCGCCCCCGCGCGCCUGAACUGCCUCUGCGGGUACACCACGCACCUAGGUACGGACAUGCUGUCUCACCUGCUCGUAUGCGAGCGUAAAACUGCGUACAGUUCUGAGGAGGAGGCACGUUCCAACACCCUCAACCCGGAGGAGAAUCACACUGGCAAGCCCGCACCGGAGCGGACACCAGCUGAAACGCCUGCGGAGAGCAUGGCAGCCAUGUCGGACUACGCGCCGCCGUCAGUACUCAACACGCAGCUGUCUCUGGACGAUCUCGCGCCGCCUUCUGUGCUGCAGCCCGACCAGCAUGAUCAAGAGUUACUUAAGGAUACGUAUGAUAGACCGCUGGCGACCCCUCGACAUGAAGAACCACAUUAUAGCCUCGGCGACUUUGAGCCACUGCCGCAAGAGCCUCCGCCACAACCCGACUUUGAACAGCUAUAA